AUGCAACGCCUCUUUUCAUUUUCAGCAAGCGUUCGUCUAGUUCGCAGUAACGUCAGCAGCUCCGGAUCGAUUUUCGACGAGCACACUAAGGUAAUAAAAUGGAGGGCGACAAACGCAAUCUCGCUGAUCUUCUCAAGGACGCUCGAUAGCAUUGAAGUUGAAGCGAAGUUCUACGAACGUGUUCAUCAGCUCGAAAAGGAAUUUGAAAGCGAGUUUAAUAAACUUUACGAGCAGCGACGGAAGAUCGUUGCUGGAGAGUACGAGCCGAAAGAUGACGAGGCCAAGCUUCCCAUUAUCCACGGACUAGAGGAGAAUGAAGUUAAGGAAUUAAAUGACAAAUCACAACCUGAUGAUGGAUCUAAAGGAAUUCCAUCUUUCUGGCUCAACGUGCUAAAAGGGUCUGAUAUGACUCAGGAUAUGAUUCAAGAUCAUGAUGAGCCUAUCUUGAAGCAUCUGACUGAUAUCACCACUUCCAUUGAAGUUGACCCACAUGGUUUCACUAUUUAUUUCCAUUUCUCCCCUAAUGAGUACUUUACAAACGCUGUAUUGAAGAAACAAUACUUCUUGGAAAUUAAGCCUGAUGCAGAGGAUCCAUUUGGUUUCGAUGGGCCAUCUGUUGUCCGCGCCGUUGGCGAUACGAUCCAAUGGAAUGAAGGCAAAAAUAUCACCAAGAAGGUUGUGAAAAAGAAGCUGAAGAAGGGUGCCAACGCUGGAAAAUUUAUAACGAAAACAGUCAAGGCCGAUAGCUUUUUCAAUUUCUUUGAUACGAUUGUGCCUCCAACUGAGGAUCAUAAGAAUGAGGAUGAUGAGGAAGAUGAGUCGCACGAACUGAUGCGAGCGGACUUUGAAAUUGGACAGGUGCUUCGUGACAACAUCAUCCCUCGUGCUGUACUUUUCUAUACGGGAGAGGCUGACUUUGGCGAUGAUAUCUACGAUCUCGGAGAGGACGCGGAUGACGAAGAAGAGGAAGAAGAUGAUGGAGAUGAUGAGUAGGCAACGUGAUCAGUCGGUAUUAGCUUCUAACCACAACAUCGCUAGACUCGAUUGAUCAUCAUCGCCAUUGUUUUUGUUGAUUGUUAUUCGUGCCCUGUUUCCCAGUUGGCCUUUGAACGUGUAGAACAUAAUUGAUUCCAUUUUAUCCGUGUUUUGCUUCCCGAUGCAUACUGUUUUUUUGUUAGAUUUUUUCAUAAAUAAGAUUUAUGUCCGAAAGAUUAUUGUAGUGUUGACGGAAGUAGGGCUUCCUUAUUAAAAAUACUGUGUACAAGGAAGACUGUUCUGCUACUGGACGUGAUGAUAGCAAAGUGUUGCGAUAGUAGUUGAAUU